CUUCAUUGGAGGAUGGACGAAAUCGGGACAGUGUUAUGUCCAGCGGACGUCCAUUGGAUAUAUAAGCGCGUCGCUGGCCAAGAAGCUUCAGAGUGCUUUCCGUGACUGAAUAGUUCCAGUGCAUUUGGUUUCCUUUGACUAUGGCAUCUCUAAAGUUGUGGGCCCUGAGCUGCCUGAUUCUGAGUGUAUCAUGUGCCAAAAUUGAAAAUAAAGCGACUAUAACAAGCACUAAAGAUCUCGUAGCAGCUGCAACUGGCUACGGCGGUGGCGGUGGCGGCUACGGAGGUGGAAGCGGAGGAGGUGGUGGGAAAGGCACUACUAUUCUCUUGGCGAUUCCAGUUUCCUUGAACUCAGGAGGCAAAGGUGGUGGAGGAGGAGGAGGUUACGGAGGCUCCUCUGGUGGUGGAGGUGGAUACGGAGGCUCAUCUGGUGGAGGUGGAGGCUAUGGUGGUGGCAUUUCCGUCGAUAGCGGAUACGGAGGAGGCUCUUCCGGUGGUGAUUAUGGAGGUGCAUCCAUCGGAGGCGAUUAUGGUGGGUCCUCAGGUGGUGGUUAUGAAGCAGUAUCCCUUGGUGGCGGAUACGGAGGUGAAUCUCUGGACCUUGGUAGUGCAUAUGGUGGCGGUGGAGGAAAAGGAGGUGGAGGAGAUAGUGGAUAUGGCGGAGGAGUUGGAGGCGGAUCUUCAGGUGGUUCGUCCGGUGGAUACGAAGGUGGUUUAUCUGGAGGAUACGGUGGUGGCAAAGGAGGUGCUGGAAUCAGUGUAAUCUCUCUUGGAGGUGGAUACGGAGGAAGCAGUGGAGGAGGUGGAUAUGGUGGAAGCAGUGGAGGAGGUGGAUAUGGUGGAAGCAGUGGAGGAGGUGGAUAUGGCGGAAGCAGUGGAGGUAAAGGUGCAAGCAGCGGUGGUUAUGGAGGCAGCAGUGGUGGCGGAGGUGGAUAUGGAGGCAGCAGCGGCGGCGGAGGUGGAUACGGAGGCAGCAGCGGAGGAGGAGGUGGAUAUGGAGGCAGCAGUGGAGGUGGAGGAGGUAUUACUCUUCUUGGCCUCAGCAUCAGUAGUCUUGGAGGUGGAAAAUCUGGUGGAGGAGACGGAGGUUAUGGUGGUGGAAGCGAAGGAGGCUAUGGCGGUGGCUUAGGAGGAGGAUACGGUGGAAGCAGUGGUGGAGACAGUGGUUACGGAAGUAGCGGUGGGGAUGACUAUUCCGCAUUAUUAAGCAGUGGACUUGGAGGUGGAUAUGGAGGCAGCAGCGGAGGAGGAGGAAGCUAUGGAGAUGCACUUGGUGGUGGUUACGGAGGAGGCAAUAGCGGAAAGGGUGGCCUCGGUGGCGGUUUAGGAGGAGGCUACGGAGGUGGAAGCGGAGGAGGCUAUGGUGGUGGUAGCAGCGGAGGAAAAGGAGGUUUCGCAGGAUUAGGUGGAGGAUAUGGCGGCGGAAGUUCAGGAAAAGGAGGUGGUUAUGGCGGUGGAAGCUCAGGAGGAUACGGAGGUGGAAGCGGAGGCAAAGGUGGAUCAGGAGGUUACGGAGGUGGAAGUUCCGGAGGAUACGGUGGCGGAAGCGGGGGAGGAUAUGGAAAUGGAAGCGGAGGCAAAGGCGGCUUAGGUGGAGGAUACGGUGGAAGCAGCGGAGGAGGAAAAAGCGGAGGAUUGGGAGGAGGCUAUGGAGGAAGCAAUGGAAUCAGCAAAGGAGGUUUUGGAGGCGUAUCCAGCUACGGAGGAAAUGACUGGUCAUGGUGAAAAGAUCUAAUAGCAGUACAAUACCCCUCUCCUUUGUUUUAGAAGUUCCGCAACACAGUAUGAAAGACGACACAGACUUUGCUAUUCAGUUCUAAACGAACGUUCCCUGGUAUGAUUAGUAAAUCAGAGGCAUUAUUUUUUGCAAGUUCCUGCUUUGUGAAGUUAUCAUGAACUUUUAAAACGACUUGAUGUGUCACCAGUUUCCAUUCGAGUUCAACGAAUGCCUGAACUACUGGUGGCAAAUACCCUUUGUGGCAGGAAGAUUGCAAGCGUCCGAUCCCUCUCAUGGUUCAGUUACAUUUUACUCUCCAGAAAGAUUGACUGUAACCGUCAGAGCCUGUACAGUAAUAAGGAUCAUCUUUUUUGUCUCUCACGUUGGCAUGAAAGUUGCAUUGUAUUAUAUUUUGAUGAAAAUUAAAAAGUAAAUUAUUAUGUGUA